AUGGCAACGUCUUCCGAACCAGCAGGCCUGCUGGACGAGGGCCCUCCGUAUCGCAGCUGGAAAGAACUCUGCGACGAUGAAACUGCUCGUGUCGAUUUCUCGCCCGCCGCCAAGCGUCUCUUCUGGCCCCUCGACGGCGUCUUCCCCACCGCGCUCUCCGUCAUGAAGACGCCCCGCAGCCCGGACGACCUCGAGCCGUUCUUCCAGCAGACCCUUGAGGGCGACAUCUGGCACGAGAUCGCGCAGCUGCCCUUGACGGAGCCCAGGGUCUCGUCGAUCGAGGCGUCCGUCUACGACAUGGACCAGUGGGAGUUCGACUGGGUGGCGUGGCACGGGUGGCAUGAGGGGGAGCCGGCCGACCCGGAGUAUGUCACGUACGGCGAUCUGAGCGACGACCAUAGGCCGUACGCAACGGAGCAAAAGGAGGACGGCAGCUGGGAGGAGGACUCGGACACGGAGUUCCUCAUCCGAUGCUGUGGGGAGGACCGACCGCUCGGGAAGACGGGGCAGAAGCUCGUGGUCAGGCCGGCCGAGGGGGGCCACUUCAUCACGGUCCAUGACUACGUCAGCGCUGUGCAUCCCUGGCUUAUGGGCUUACGUCCCGAGAUCUUGCUGGCCAAGGCGGUUGCACGGCCUGAGCCGUAUCCCCAGUCGGCGGAAAUGGCGUGGAUGGUGGACAAGGGGCCGAAGCACGAGGUGACGGAGAAGCAGAGCUGGCUUCGAGCGCACGGGGGUGGCACGCCGCUUCCUGUCCCUCCCGGGGCGGCUGCGUCUUUGGCCAGGAUACGUGCGGCCCUUCGAAAGAGAUGA